AUUACUUCUUUCCACUCUCCACUCCUCUCCAUUUUUUCUCAUAUCUCCCCGCAUCCUGUGAUCUCUCAUUUACAACACCAAAAGAUUUCCUUUUCUUCUCUCGCGCUCUCUUUCUCUAUCCCAAAAACUAAACCUCAACGGAAUCAACAACAAUGUCCGUGGUGGAGGAACCGACAAUGAUGGUGAUGAUAGACGAGACUUACGAGUUCUCGGCUCCCCGAUUCUUCGACUUCAUUAAAGGAGAAUCCGAUGAAGAAAUGCAGAAAGCCGAACUCUGGUUUGAUAAAGCUCUCAGCUACGCGCCCUCCCCUUUUAUGCCAAGAAUUAAGACGGAUAGAUCUUUUAAGGUUGAGAGCUUAUGCAAUUUUAGUGAAGCAGCAGACCAAAUUCAGAAGGCCUCAGAGUCAUCAGAUUCAAAUGCUACUAAUUGUCCCUCAGAAAUGAAGCAGCAACCCGAGCUUAUUUCUGCUGAAACAAAGGAAGUUGAAGUGACUCCCACUGAGGCAAAGGAAGAACACAAUGGAGACCUUGUCAAUGUGGUUUCUGUUGCUACGGAUGCCUGUGAAGAUUUGGCUGGAACUGUAUCCACGCAAGAAAAUGGAAGAACGGCAUCUUCCACUCUGAAUAUGGAACCGGCUGGUGAUGAAGAGAAGAGUAAAUCCUCUGUUCAGGUGGGAGCAGAAUUCUGCACCCCAAAACCAUUAAUCCCUUCUCAAAAAGGAGCGAUUGAUUCCAAGAAGCAACAGACAGCUAAAAAGAUAGCUAGUAUAAUUAAAAACCCAUCAUCACUGAAGCCAAAAAAUCAGUUAAAGUCAGCACAAGCUAAGAGAGACACAAAUGCAAAAAAUGUUGCAGGCACUCCCAGUUUAGCUCUGGAAAACCAAGCCAUUAAGAGGCAGAAGCUUGACAGUGGGAGAUCCAGACAGAUUCUAAAUGUCAAGCCCCAAAAUUUGCCCCACAAGUCCAAAUUGGGUCUCACUAGAAGCAGUUCCAGCUUUUGCACCUCGGUUGCUAGUAAAUCUAACAAAGAGGAUAGAAAGGUUUAUGUUCGCGAGCGGGAACUACCAUUUGUUUCAAUGGCUGAGAUGAUGAAAAAGUUCAAUUCUAGUACUAGAGACUUGUCACUGCCACACGUUCAUAAGAAGGCACUGACACUGACAAGGCCUAAGGAACCUGAACUGGAAACAUCUCAGAGAGUCCGCUCAGUCAGGGUUAAGAGUACAGCUGAGCUUGAGGAAGAGAUGAUGGCUAAGAUUCCAAAGUUCAAAGCUCGCCCACUGAACAAAAAGAUUAUGGAAGCUCCAACCUUACCUGCACCACCUAGAAGUACGCGACAACCUACGGAAUUUCAGGAGUUCCAUUUGGAGACAAUGGCUAGGGCCAAUCAAAACACGGAAACAUCUUCCGUGGCCUCAACCGAAGUUUCUCGUCGGCAGAAACAAUGGAAACCUUGCCUUACUGAACCUAGAAGCCCUGCACUAAAUACAUUAUUGAGAGCCCGUCCACCAACAGUUAAAAGUUCUGCAGAACUUGAGCUGGAAGAACUUGAGAAGGCCCCAAAGUUUAAGGCAAGGCCUCUAAAUAAAAAGAUAUUUGAAAGCAAAGGGGAAUUGGGGAUUUUCUGUAACGCAAAGAAACAUGUGACCAAACCCCAAGAAUUUCAUUUCAGUAUAAAUGAGAGGAUCCCGCCAGCUGCUGCUGUGGUUGAUAUGUUUGAUAAGUUGUCUUUGAACUCAGAACCUCGAUAUGACAAACCACUUCCAAGAAAUACAAAACCAAAUCCAUUCCAUCUAUACACAGAGGAAAGAGGGGCUGAAAAGGAGAGGAAAUUCGUGGUGGAAGUUGUGCACAAACAAUUGGAAGAGGAAAGAGCUAGGAUUCGCAAAGCUAAUCCUUACCCCUAUACAACUGACUAUCCUGUGAUUCCACCAAAACCAGAGCCCAAGCAAUACACAAAACCCGAACCUUUUCAAUUAGAAAGUCUAGUGAGACAUGAAGACGAAAUGCAAAGGGAAAUGGAAGAAAGAAAGAAGAAGGAAAAAGAUGAAGCCCAGAUGAGGAUGUUCAAGGCACAGCCAGUCCUGCAAGAGGAUCCAAUUCCCGUUCCAGAGAAAGUACGUAAACCCCUCACAGAAGUCAAGGGCUUUAAUCUUCAUUUAGAGCACCGCGUUGUGGAGAGAGCAGAAUUUGAUCAGAAGAUUAAGGAGAAGGAAAUGAUGUAUAAGAGAUACAGAGAGGAGACCGAGGCUGCAAGGAUGAUGGAGGAAGAGAAGGCAUUGAAACAGUUGAGAAGGACAUUAGUUCCUCAUGCAAGACCAGUGCCUAAUUUCGACCAACCUUUUUGCCCACAGAAGUCUUCUAAAGAAUCAACGAAACCAAAGUCACCGAAGUUGCGAGUAAUCCAGAGAAAAGAACGAAGAAAAAUGCUGCUUGCAACAGUAAUUUCCAGCGCUACAGCUCACAGGUGAUUUGGUUGUAGUUCUUGAAUGUUGGAAGCUGUUCAAGAACUCUUGAACUUGUAAAGGAAUAUGUAUCAUGCAAAAUGUUUUUUUAAGUGUAAUGUAUGUACACUAUUUUCAAUUUUAUGA